AUGACUAGCCACGAAGCCAACCAUUUUAGUGUUUGCCGUGCAUGGCUCUAUGACUGUAAUAGCGUUAGCACAUGUUCAUUCCAUAUUGUAACAUCUUCAGAAUUCCUCGGGACCUGGGGACAGUUUGGUACCCUCGACCUUCCGGUCUCUGCACACUGUGUAUCAGAAGCACCAACAACAUGGAAGAACGCAAGCAAAACACAUACCCUUGCAACACCAGAUAUACAUUACAACGAGCAGAAUCUUUCAAUCAAUAUUGACUUUGAAUUGGACAAUAAAGCAGUUUGGAUAGGAUAUUUCAAGGCGCUAACAGCAUUUGAAUAUUUUGGAUGUAUGAGAGAGGAAAUGGGCAGCGGUUUAAAAUCAUUUGAAUUAAGAAAUAAUGCACCAGGACUUUGCUUUUCUGCAUGUGGAAAACAAGUGUUAGUUGGUCUUCGAGGAAGAAUGUGUUAUUGUUUCGAGAAUGAAACCUUUGAUAACCAUCACUUGCCAUAUUGCGACACGGCGUGUGAAGCUGAUGUUGGAUUCUUGUGUGGAGGACAUGAACAUGUAUCCUUAUACAAGGUCAAUAAAGAAGGUAGUGCAGAAAUAAAUAUUAUGUAA